AUGAUUUCGACCAUUAAAAAAUUUGACGACGACUUGGAGUCAUCAAAUCAACCUUCAUCACGUCCUAGCUACAUACCUUCUUACAUGCCACCUUUUCCCAGCAAGCAUACAUAUAAGAAGACACCAGCAUUUCCAAAACGAUUAGAUUAUAAUCCAACAAGAAUAAGAAAAAUGCGAUUAGAACAAUCAAGAUUAAUUGAGAAUAGUUUACAAAAAUUAUCAAAACAUCAUAGUAGCAAUCAUCAUAUUGAUAAUGCUAGUAGUAAUAAUUUAUAUACGGAGGAGGAUUCACCUUCUUCAUCAUUAACAACUUAUGAUACUAAAUUGAUUCGUUGUUUAACAGAUGAAUUAAUACUGAAUCAAUACAGCAAGGUUAAAUCUGAACGAAUAAAAUCAAGCUGUGAAGACAUUUUAGAAAAACAGAAAAAUUUAUAG